AUGGAAGUCACUCAGCCAACUCUUUUAUGUCUUGUUAUCCCAACCCUUUUUGAACAGCAAGCUUUCUACUUUGUAGUAUUGCAAGUUCAGUCUUCAGGUCUUGAAGAUACAGAGCCAAAUGGUUAUUGA